GCAAGGAAACAUGGCGAAGAGCCCUCGUGGAAGUAGGCUAUUAUUGCAGACCAUCUGUACAUAGGGGCGGAAUGCAACUUUCCAUAUGUUUACAUGCAAUUACGUGGAUGACUUCAAUCGUUCCGGGUUUCAAGUGUUGCUGGAGCUAACAUCACGGGGUCUUCACACCAGCACGGACAGAAUCGCAGGAAACGAGCAAUGAGCUGCGUAUGGUGAAUAUCGGGAAUAGGCUUGGCACCUUCGAUGGAAAUGACGUUAUGGGAUUCAAGUACGGUGAAACGACUCUUCCAUCGAGCAAUGCGCUGCCCUCCCUUGUGAAAGUGGGCUCUUGGAGGAUCUAUAUCUACACUGCGCUGCCGCAAUUAUCGCUACCACACGGAAACCAGCUAAUAACCACCCCGCUCGCGUAGCCCUUGUCCGCCAGCGUGCUCCGACCAUGGCGCGACCCCCUCACAUCCUUCCUCCGGUAGUGUCUAACCCAUCUGCGAGAGAUGCCAUCGAACGCGUCACGCCUGGGCCCCGAGCCUCUCUCUGCCCAACCUUUAUCUGGCGACCUCCGGUGUCCGCAUUCGACGACAUCGUCUCCAUAGUGGUGGGCCAAGGCGAAGACUCCAAAACAUUUCAAUGCCACAAAGGCCUGCUGGGCUUCGCCUCAGAAGUGUUCGCGCGCACAUUCUCGAAUCCUUCCUUCACUGAGGCCCAAACCGGCACUGCGACCUUCCAACAUGACGACCCCAAGAUCUUUGAGCUGUUCUAUCGCUACAUGUACACCGGACGGCUCUUCGAGACCAUGCAGAAACCAACCUCGAGCACCGUCGUCUUCAAAUACUGCGAUACCAAUAAGCCCCUCAAACUAUGCCUGUCGCAGGACUUGGAAGUCCACCCGGUGAGAGCAUACGGGCCCCACGCCAUCCCGCUGCACUUCGACGAGCUCUUCCGCCUCUACAUCUUCGCCGUCUCGCGGAUCGCCCCGGAAAUCCAGGACGUCGUCGUCUCCCUCACAUUCGAAAAGAUCUGCAUCGAGGGCAAGGUCCCCGUCGACCUCAUCCCGUAUCUCGUUGAGAACACAACUGACGAGCCCGAACCGGAUGAGCUGGUCCACAUGCUGCGCGCAAUGAUUGCCGUUUUUGCGGACGCGUCGGAAGUUACAGAGUAUUGCGAGGAGAUGCCUCAGCGAUUUCUGGCUAUGCUGUAUGAAUCGAAGUCGUGGAUGGCGGGGCCGGAACAACGGAAGGAGACGAAGUCGUGUAUUUGUUGGGCGCAUAAGCAUGCUCUGCCCAGGAAGAGAGGGGAUGAGGAUACGGCUCUUCAGGGAGGAAGUGGAGGAUACUAGAAUGUUCCUUGGCACGGAUGUCGAUCAGGUGCAGGUGGA